AUUUAGGCCUUGCUGUGGCCUAAACUCAGUAGCUUAUGGAUGUUCAAGCUCCUGCACCAGUACAACGGUUCAGCCAUGGACCGACUUACAAUUCAGAUGUGGGCACUUUGUAUCUUGAGCUGGAUGUGUGUAAAGCCAGUGAUGGGCCAGUCAUCGUAUAUAGUGACUAUUCCUGCAGUUCUGGAAGCAGGCGCUCAAACCAAUUUCUGUGCGAGUCUCCUGCAGCCCAACGAGACUCUGCGUUUGACCGUCAGGCUGAUGUCUGACCAGAAGAACUUGACUCUUCUCAAUAUGACUUCAAGUAAAGAGCUUCAUAGCUGCACUUUAUUCCAGGUUCCUGUGGUGCAAACAGAUGCCAUUCAGAAUUUCACAGUGGAGGUGCGCGGCCCCACAUUUUACUCGCAAAAAGUCAUGAAAGUAAUGAUUAAAGUCUAUCAACCCAUGACGUUCAUUCAAACGGACAAGCCGAUCUACCUCCCCGGACAAACUGUGAAUUUCCGAGUUGUCACCCUGGAUACCAAGCUGAGACCAUUCAAUCAGCUGUACGAUACCAUAACAAUUCAGGAUGUUGGCAAUAACCGGAUUGGACAGUGGCUGAAUGAAACAUCCAGUGGUAAAAUCUUGCAGCUUUCUUACUCCCUGGAUUCUGAGGCUCUUGAAGGAACCUACAUGAUCACUGUAUUCAUCGGUAACCAACAAAUAAACCAGGACUUUCAGGUGGCCCAAUAUGUUUUGCCCAGGUUCUAUGUAAAAAUAGUUGCACCUGAUACCGUUUGUAUUGGACAGGCAGUAAUCAGCGCUCAAGUAUGUGCCAAUUAUACGUAUGGCCAGCCUGUACCAGGAAGUGUUAAAGUGGGCAUCUGUCGACUCCUUCAACAAUACAUUUACCCUCCUCUGCCAGUCGUCCCUGAUGCAACGGCUUCAUGCUAUGAUGGCACAAAGCAGGCUGACAAUGAAGGCUGUGCCACGUUUAGCUUUAAUAUGUCAACUUUCACUAAUAUGGACAACAAUGUGUUUGCGGACAUACUGGAUCUCACAGCUACUGUGCAAGAGGAGGGAACAGGCAUUUCUCUCUCUCAAGAGAAGACCAUAAGUAUUUCAUACGUUAUUGGAACGCUGUCUUUCCUAAAUACACCCACAAUUUAUGACAAAGGAUCAACUAUUGCGGGAACAGUUAAAGCUGUUGACUACAAUAACGUGCCCAUUCCAAACAUGCAACUUUACCUGUUUGCGGGAGAACUGUGGUCGUCAAAUCUGCUUCAGAACCUCACAACAAACAGGCAUGGUGUCGCCACGUUCUCCUUAAACACAAAAAACUACAGCACGAGCAUCCACCUCUACGUGAGCAACACACCUGUCCUGACCUACCCUCCAUAUCGAACUCCGUACUAUGAAGCUGGGGACAUUAUGCUGUCUUUGGCCCAACCGGUCUCUGCUGAUACUCAGAUAGUCAGCUCCCUGGUGGUCACGAACAAGGAUAACCCACUUUCCUGUGGCGUGAAAGAAAAAAUCUCGAUCCAGUACACUGUGGUUGGCGAGAACCAGGGCAGCAUGUACUUGAUGUAUCUGGUUUUAUCCAGGGGGGUCAUUACCAUGCAAGGAUCUAAAACCCUUCCAUUGCAAAAUCAACCAGUGGGUCAGGGUGAGGUGUCCUUUAAUCUCAAAGUAUCUCCAGACAUUGCACCAAUGGUCCAGGUUGUAGCUUAUGCCAUCCUCCCCAGUCAGACAGUGAUCGCCAGCAGCGCUAACUUCAUCACAGAGAAAUGCUUCAGGAACAACGUGUCUGUAGCAUUUUUCCCACCGUCAGCAGUUCCAGGGGAGACGACCAACCUGCAGGUGACUGCUGAUCCAGGCUCUCUGUGUGGCAUCAGUGCUGUCGACCAGAGUGUCUUCAUCAUGGAGCCAGGAAAGAAUCUAAAUGCAGAUGAGAUAUUUAAUCUGCUGCCUGUCACACAAAUGUCCUACAUCCCAUACGAGGUUCAAGAUCCUACUGAAUGUUUGCCUGUAAGAGCAAGUCGACAGGUUUCGCCCAAUCAAGGUGUUGACGUUUACACAGUUUUACAGAACGUAGGACUGAAGAUGGCAACAAACCUGUUCAUUCAGAUGCCUUCAUGUGUCAAUUUUAAAGGAACAGAAUACUAUGAGAGAUUGAGGUUUAUGCCACUUGUUAUGGCAGAUGCUCUUCCUGGGCCAGUCAGAGCACCUUCCCCAACCACUUCUGCUGCACCAAUAGUUACUGUUCGUGAUUUCUUUCCUGAGACCUGGGUGUGGCAGCUGGUGGCAGUUGGGGUCUCUGGACAGAAGAAUGUGUCCCUGACGGUUCCAGACACCAUCACCACCUGGGAGACGGAGGCUUUCUGUUUGUCCCCUCAGGGUUUUGGUUUGGCCCCUCUUGAAGAAAUCACGGUCUUCCAGCCUUUCUUCCUGGAGCUCACUCUGCCCUACUCCAUCAUCCGAGGGGAAAACUUUGUGCUAAAGGCAAUUGUCUUCAACUACCUCAGAAGCUGCAUCAUGGUCACUGUGACUCCCGCCCCGUCUUCAAAUUACACCCUCACUCCUCUGUCUGGUAACCAGUACACGUCCUGUCUGUGUGGCAGCGAGCGUAAAACCCUCAGCUGGACCAUGGUCCCAUCCAGUCUAGGCACAGUGAAUGUGUCUGUGACAGCGGAGGCUGUAUCAUCCCACACGUCAUGUGGAAAUACGUCUGUGAGCGUUCCGGACAGGGGCCGUGUUGACAUUGUCACACAAUCUCUUAUUGUGGAGGCAGAGGGAAGUGAGAUGACUCAGACUUACAACUGGCUGCUCUGUCCGAAUGGACAGAGUCUAACCCAGGCAAUGACCCUGCAACUCCCAGCAAAUGUGAUUAAUGGAUCUGCCCAUGCUUCAGUAUCUGUGCUUGGCGACAUCCUGGGCCGAGCCCUGCAGAACCUGGAUGGCCUGCUGCAGAUGCCGUAUGGAUGUGGGGAGCAGAACAUGGCUCUUCUGGCUCCUGACAUCUACAUCCUCCAGUACCUGAAGAACACACAGCAGCUGAGCCCAGACAUCAACAAGAAGGCGACAAACUUCCUCACCAGUGGCUACGCAAGACAGCUCAACUACAAAGAUAAUGUUGGAGCUUACAGCACCUUUGGCUCAGGACCAGGAAACACAUGGCUGACAGCAUUUGUACUGAAGUGUUUCGUUAAAGCUCAGACUUUCAUCUACAUUGACCCAACAACAAUUGAACAGUCAAAGACUUGGCUGAUAAAUGAACAAAAGACAACUGGCUGCUUUCAAAUGUCUGGAACACUCUUCCACAGCACAAUGAAGGGUGGAGUGUCUGAUGAAGUGACUCUCAGUGCUUUCAUCACUGCUGCCUUCUUGGAGAUGAACACAUCAGCUGAUACUACAGUAAUAACAAACUGCCUGUCGUGCCUGAAAAACUACAUUGGCAUUGAUGACACCUACACUACAGCUCUGCUGGCCUACGUCUUCACUCUGGCAGGAGACAUGGAGACUCGUUCUCUCCUUCUGCAGCACCUGGACACUGUUGCAAUAAAACAAGGAGGUUUCCUCUACUGGUCUCAGAGCUCAGAGGAAACUUCAGCCUCUCUGUCUGUGGAGAUCAGCUCCUAUGUGUUACUGGCCAAACUCAGUGCCUCACCUACAGCUGAGGACCUGGGCUACUGCUCCAGUAUCGUUAGGUGGCUGACGGGGCAGCAGAACCAGUAUGGAGGCUUCUCCUCCACCCAGGACACAGUGGUGGCUCUCCAGGCUCUGGCUCUCUACUCCACUCUGGUGUUCAGUCCAACAGGUUCCAGCACAGUGACGGUCCAGUCUCCCAGUGGCCAGCUGACAUUUGAUGUGAACCAGAACAACAAGCUGCUGUACCAGGAGAAGAAGCUGCAGCCAACCUCGGGAAUAUACAGCCUGACUGCAAAGGGGAAUAAGUGUGCAUCAGUACAGAUCUCUGUUACCUAUAACAUCCCAACUCCAACAAAUGUCACUACUCUUAAUGUGACAGUCAAACCAGAAUCUAAGUCCUGCACAUCUCAAGUCACCCUGAAGAUUAAAUGCCUUUACAGUGGAAAUGGGAACAGCACAAACAUGGUAAUCCUGGACAUGAAAAUAUUGUCUGGGUUCAUCCCAGACCCAGAGUCCCUGAAAUCACUCCAAAAUGCCUCAUUAGUGCAAAGGCUUGAGCAAACGGGAGAUCGUGUCCUGGUCUACAUUGAAGAGUUGCAAAAGCACACAGAAAUGGAUUACAGCUUGCGAAUUGUGGAGAACGUCCCGGUGCAGAACCUAAAGCCAGCUGCAGUAAAGCUCUACGACUACUACAAGCCAAGUCUCCAAGCUCAGACGACGUACACCUACCCCUGUGCUGGAGGAACCACCCACAAGUGACUAGUAACAUGGGCCUUUUCACACAUGUAAACCUCUAGCAAGAAUAAAAUGGCAGUACCAAAA